CUCUCCACCACUCCCGUCUGCACACAUAGCCUAUCAUGUCCAACAAAUCCUUCAAGUAUGUUAUCGAGCACAUGGAAGAGGACGAUGCUGUCACCCGUUCCCUCCCAGAGUGGGUAACUCUUGAGUACUCCCACAUGCUCUCCCUCGUCGGCCCUUCAUCUACCGUCCACUUCACCUCUCUCUCUUCAACAUCCAUCUCUCCACUCAUUAACUCUUUGAAUAAUAACCCCAAAGCUCAGCCAACCACCAAACCCAUACUGGAACUUCUCCCGGCUCUUUCUCCUCCAGUAGACAAGGCGAGGGUCUGUUUGUUGGACCCCAGGGCUGAAAAAGUGAUUGCUCCUGAAGAUGCGGACAAGUUUGAUGUCUUUUUGUACGGUGGGAUUUUGGGUGACGACCCCCCUAGGGACAGGACAGGCGAGUUGAGGAAGCUUGGGUUCGAGGGAAGGCAUUUGGGCGAGAAGCAAAUGACGACGGAUACGGCUGUAGGAGUGACCAAGAAGGUUAUUGAAGAUCAAGUGCCCUUGGAUGAGAUUCCCUUUGUGGACUUUCCUACUAUCAAGUUUAACAAGGUCGAGUCCAUUGAGAUGCCUUUCCGAUAUGUCAAGGACGAAAACGGAGAGCCCAUUUUACCCCCCGGGAUGAAGGCUCAUCUCAAGGCGGAUUUGGACCGAACGAUUGACGAUUUUUAAAAGUUUGAAUGAUGUAUAGAGAAACCUGGAUUAUAACAGUACGGCAUACAGGGUACAACUACUACAUCUUUAACAAAUUCAAAAUGAUACAGCAUAUACUCCGUCGGUUCCGUCACUCGUUUCUCCGUCUCUUGCAGCGCUCAAUUAGCUUGAAGUCACCCCGUCUUUUCCCUUUAAAGUCAUAGGCUACUUAGCACGUGCCAACCAAUGCUUAAGGAGAUAAGUAGAUCACUCACUUAAAGUACUUUUCCCAUUCCUCCUUCCCAUAGGAAGAGCUGACAGACUCGUCUUUGAGGCCAUUCCAAAGCGCCGUGGGCUGUGGAAGAGCGGAUAUCAGCUUUAACCAAUGACAAACGCAUGAAAAGACAAACGGUCACUUGGAUUCCAUUCUGUCUGCCUAACUUGACUGAACUUCUUAUCAGCUUCAUGAGUAUAAAUGAUAACUGUGAGAUCAACUGACGGCUAUACUUGAGACCCUCUGUUCCUUCGUUCCCCCCAUUAUCGCUUGCCUUCACUUCCAACGCAUCUCUCAGCUCUCCAAAGAUUUUACUCUUAGGUCCCUUUCCACCAGCCUCAUCCUUGUCUAAUACCUGCUCAACGGCAAUUUCUACCAGCUUGUCGCGAAGGCUCGAGAGAGUGAGCGAAGCAGCGGGCCUGUUGUAAAACGUAGUCUCGGUUGAGUGGACUGCAAGAAGAUACUGCCAGAAGAGACGAGGGUUGGUCUGUCCGAACACGUAGAGUGCUUCAAUGAUGGGUGCUGAGUAGU